CUCGUCUCCCUCUCCUACCCUACCCCCCGGGCGUACUCAACCUCACGGAAGCUGCCCCGGUACGCCCCGCAACCAUAAACGCGACGCCCAGAGAAGAUGUGAGCGCGUUAAUGCCUAGCCUCGUACGCUACGAGCAUCCACAUAUCUACCAAUCCGCACACCCGGACCUUUCCCGGCCUCGGCCGUCUCACUUCAUCCCAUCCACCUGCAGCUAGCAGCGGCCUGCCGCGCGCGCUGUGGAUCAUAAGCAAGCUUCCAUGGAGCCGCCACCUUCUCCGCUGGGCGCCGGCGCCUGCGCUGUCUGCUGCAUGUGCGGCGACCGCGGCCUGCCGCACGAGCUGCUCCGCUGCAAGCUCUGCCGCGUCCGCCUGCAGCACAGAUACUGCAGCGAUCUGUACCCGAGGGCCACGGCGUACAGGAGGUGCAACUGGUGCCUGAGGGAGCCCGCAGAAGCCCACGCCCAAGCGCACGCUCAAGCUCAACUGGUGGCUAGCAAGAAGGCGGAGAAACGGAAGAUGGUGCAAUCAACGGAGACGUCCACCUCCGACGAGGAGGCGCGGCGGCAGCACGAGGCCGGAUGCGCCACUGCUACGAGGUCCAGGAGAUCGGCCGCGGAGGUUGGUCAGCCGGUCAAGAAGCCCAAGGUCGACGAGAGGCCACCGCUGCCCCCGUCGCCGGGCACGGCGGCGAAGCGGAACAGCGGCGACAAGAAGCCUAAGGUCGACGAGUGGCCAGCGCUGCCCCCGUCGCCCGGCACGGCGGCGAAGGGGAACAGCGGUGACAAGAAGCCCAAGGUCGACGACAGGCAAGCGCUGCUGCCUCCGUCGCCGGGCACGGCGGCGAAGGGGAACAGUGGUGACAAGAAGCCCAAAGUCGACGAGAGGCCACCGCUGCCUCCGUCGCCGGGCACGAAGGCGAAGGGGAACAGCGGCGACAAGAAACCUAAGGUCGACGAGUGGCCGGCGCUGCCCCCGUCGCCGGGCACGGCGGCGAAGGGAAACAGCGGCGACAAGAAGCCGAUGCAGGCGGGGAAGCUGGCGCGGCAGGGUAGGGUCAAGGUGAGGCGGUACAAGCUCCUGGCAGAGGUGAUUAGCUGCUAGCUAGGAUCACGGAAUCAAAAGGGGAAGUAGCUAGCCACCUUCGACAUUUGGUGUCGAUGUAUGUAAAUACCGUUUACCCGUCGUGUACGGGUUUUCUCUCUCUUUUUUGGGAGAGAGUCGACUACCAUACUAGUGCUGUACACAUCUUAAGCCGUCAGUUUUAUACACCAGUUGACGUGCA